CAAUUGUCAGUGUCAGAGAGUGGAAUUAUAUUUCAGUAUAUAGUGAGCAGUAAUUAAAAAUAUCAUUAUUUAUCGCAAAACUCAACAUUUAAUAGAUUUGAUCUUUUAAAUGAUAAUUAACGUGCUCUAAUCUUAUGUAGUCGGUCGUCCAUACGACCUUUUAGUUUGACGUGUUUUCCUUGAAGCCUAUAACCGCACGGUGAUUUAUUUAUAAACUGGCAGUUAGAAGUGUUCGGGUCUCUGAAACUAUUCAGUGUUCUUUUAUUAUAAUCUUACAUAAACACAUAUAAUACAAUGUCUAGCCAUCGGAAUAAAUAUGAAAAGGCUAGAAGACGCCUUGCUGCUGUAACAUUUUUAUCCAAUAUAUCUUUAGAUGGUAAGAUAAGAGACCCUGAAGUUGUCCAGAUAGUGGAAAAAACACCCAAAAAUGAUAAAACUGAUUCUGCAGCCAAAGCUAUUGACAUUCCCAAGGAUAAGGAAGUAACUCUACGAAAUAGUGUGCGAAAUAAAAAUAAGGCACCUCAUUCAAGCCCAGUGCAUCGUCUUGGAGCUGACAAUCAUUCUCUCAGCUCAGACUCUGAACAUACUAAUACUGUCACACCUGUUAAGGGUGGAAAUGCAUCAUUUAUAAGAGAAAGGUGUUCAUCUGGGAACACAGAAUCUUUUAAAGAUAAGCAUGGCUCAUCAAGGUCAAGGAAAAGUCACCUUGUUGCAUUAACUGGUGCUAAUGCAGAUGAUAAAAGCAGCUCAGAAAGCCUUAAUUUUGGCAAGUUUAGAACAAGCAACACAUGCAUUCCGGAGCACCAUGCAUUAACAAAAGAAGUGCGCAUGGUGCGUCCAACUAAAGGAGUAUCAUUCAGGGAUGAGAGACUAGCCAUAGUUCCAGGACAGGGGGCACCAUGUGUUAUAUUUAGCACUAUCCCAUACUCUAAAACUAUUCGCAAUGCACGUUCUGAUUUAAGAAAAGAUGGUGUUCGAAGGAGGAACACUUCAGGCCCUAGACCACUAUCAGCCAUUACAGAUAAUGGUAUGGAUCCCUUUGAUCUUCUUGGCCUAGAAAAAGAAGAAAAUGGUCAAGAAAUAUCUUAUUCUAAAUUGUUAGUGCCCUCUAAAGUUUGUACUAGAGAGCAGUACAAAAAAAUGUAUGAAGGAGAUUUCACUGAAAAAGCUAAUUGGAAAAUAGUUAAUCGGCAUCCACAUGUAAUAGCAAGGACUAAGUUAUUGACGAGGCACAAGGAUAAAAAAUGGUGCUUUUCAUAUGAAUCUUCUCAGAGGACAGCAAUACCGUCGUCACCACCACACUCCUCGGUUGACAUCAAGUCAUUUGACUGGGACGAGGGAACCUUGCUUUCUCAAAAAUAUGUUCAAUACUGCCCGAAUGUAUUGGAUGAUCCGGAACUGAUAGCUGGAAAACAUAGAACUCUUCUUACAUUUACAUCAUACAUGACGUCCAUUAUUGACUAUGUCCGACCCCAGGAUCUGAAGAAAGAAUUAAAUGAUAAAUUCAGAGAAAAGUUUCCGCACAUCAAAUUAACGCUCAGUAAAUUACGAAGUAUCAAAAAAGAAAUGCGGAAAAUUGCCAAACAUGACAGUGGAGGAGUCGAUCUUCUGUCCGUUGCACAGGCCUACGUAUAUUUUGAGAAGUUGAUUCUUGCAAACCUCAUCAACAAGGAUAACAGGAAACUGUGCGCUGGAGCGUGUUUACUGUUAUCAGCAAAACUGAACGACGUCAAAGGGGAAGCUUUGAAAGCACUUAUUGAACGCAUCGAAACUACAUUUAGAGUGAAUAGAAAAGAUCUGAUGCGUUUCGAAUUUGCCGUCCUGGUGGCGUUGGAGUUCGGUCUGCACGUGCCGCCCUACGAGGUGUUCCCGCACUAUCAGCGAUUGCUUCACGACUCGUGACCUUGGCGCAGACUGGCCUUCGAGCCAUGUAUCCGCGUCUGUCACCGGCGACGCGCCACCAUCGUCGACAACCUGAGGGCCAGCGCAUGGAUGUAAAGUGUUCGCAGAAGUUGAUGAGAACGUUCUAAACGUUCAAGUACUUUUGAAGUGAACGUUUUAAAUAAGUGCUUAUUUAGAUACGAAAUAUUAGUAUCUUCGUCUCUUUUUCAACAUUGAAGGGUACCCAUCUCACACCGCAAACUUUUACCGGCGGUCGAUAGUAUGUUGUUGAAUGGUAAUGCGCACAUUAGGUUUGAUUGGAUUCAUGAUUGCCUUCAAAAUAAACUAUCCGCCGUCGGUUCAGUCUCAGUGUACGGGGCUCUAACACUAGCUUUAGCUUACGUAGUAGGGUUACAUAAUGUCCAAUUUACAGCUUAGUCGUGAUUUUCCAUUUCAUAUGUACGAAUUCCUUAUACGUAUAGUUGUAGCCGUGCAUGUAUUUUUAGAUGUACCUAUUUAGCCUUCAUGCCCCAAGAGUCAAGCUAGCAGAAAAUAGCCCUGAACAUACCUAUUACUUAUUUAUAAUAUUUCAAAUAGCACAUUUCAUUUAAAAAUGCUUAAAUAUAGCUUUUAAACUCUAAUCUAGCUAAUCGAGUAACAUUCAAGAAUAUGAAUAUAUAUAGUUAAAGCGUUACAGUUUUAAUUAGCGGAUUAUCCGCUCGAUUUUGCUAACGCGUAGGUAUACCUGUAUAUUCCAUAAUGCGCGACAUUUACGAGGUACAACUACUAGCUUACUGGCUUUGUUGUUUGUAUACGCACAGACAAGAGCAGAGUUAACUUAUUCAACUGACAAUUCAAUGAAGUUAACGGUUUGAGCAAUAGGUGUCGCCAGAUUUAGCUUAGUCGGAUGGGUUUUUUAAAAGAAGAAUUUCGCUUAGGCCGAAUGGAGCGUAUACGAUGGAGAAUAGGUAAGUUUAAUAGUAGUGCAACGAGAUAACCCCUACAGCAAGAUUGCAUUUGGGCCUUUACUCGUCAGUUGUAAUUACUUACCUAGCUAAAGUAGGUAUUUGUUAUAAGGAAUGUAUAAAAUUGCAAUUAGGUUAGAACAUUUUAAUUAGAGCACAAUUUGAAUAAGAAAGUAUUGUUUGUAAAACAGAACUUUGCGUGUUAGAUCAGUCAUAAAGAUAGGAAACUAUUUUUAUGAUAGCAGACUUGCUAAAUUGUAAUGCUCAAGCAUACGAUUAUUAAACUAUAAAUGUAAUUUAUUAAGUAUAUAAGUAAGUUUGUAACAUUCUGCAAUAAAAUAAUUCAUUUAAGACAAGGGAACAACUCGGAGCAAAUAAAUUUGAAUAGUGGCCUAUAGUAUAAAGCUCAAAAUCGCAUAGUAUGUCUCAUAGUUCGAGCUAAUAAGGAUGUGAUGAACGUUCGCCUAAAUGAAGCUGUCCUUAUAUGAGAGAAACUCACUCUCGCGCAUUACCGCAUGUGCCUGAGUCGUUCGCAGUUAAAAAUCACUCCUAGUAUUUGGGCUCUUACCUACGCGGCUCUAUCAACUUGAACAUCGACAUUUUGCCAACUUUAGUAGAUACUACUGAGAGUUUAAUGUGAUUAUAGCCAAAUGAUGUAACUGUGAUAUCAACGCAUGUAUUUAUCUAUGUAAAUAAGGUAAAUUAUAGUAUUUAAAGUUAUGAGAGUAAUUUAUUUUCAGUGUGUAUGUGAGAGUAAAAGAGAUGAUCGUUUAUAUAGUCACGAUUAUGAUAUAGAUUAAUUGUUAUUAUAGUAAUAAUAUGGUGUAUUGUUAUUUUUUUACUUAUGCCAGCUUGUUUUAUAGGCUUGUGUUUUUUAAAUUCGUUUUUUCCAUUUAUUUUAAGUCGUUUUUGCUUGUAAUCUAACAGCAAUCAUUUUCAUCUCACCUCUUUUAUCACGCGAAUGUACUGACCGAUCAAAAGUGGUUACUAUCAACGCAAAUCCAAGUUGGAGGAUAGAAAUAAGUGCAAUAUUAUUUUAAUAACAAGGUGUGAAUUCUAAUCUUUGUUUUAAUAAAAAUAUGGAAAUUAAA